CAUGUUGUAGUGUAAAAAUCUAACACUGCCAUAGAAAACUUCUUAGUUUGACUCAUCACUUUGCGGUGGAAGUUCCUCAAGAAUUUUCAGUUUUUUUUACAUCAAAAAGAUGAAGAUCUUAAUGAAUUAACAAGAAAUACAAAUUGGGUUUUCACCAAAAUCAAGAGAAACAGUGGGAAAACGAAAACUUUGGUCAAGUGUAGUCUGAGUUUUCAAUGGCUACCUCCCAUUUGCAGUGUCCACCAUUUGGUUUCUCAGAGAAAUAUUACCAUGUUUCUGGGGAUGGAAGCUGUGUGAGGCAGACUAGUUUCUUUGAAGGCAAAGCUGUGCUCAAUCAAGGUGUUGGGUACUCUAUUAUUCUUGGUUUUGGUGCCUUCUUUGCUGUCUUCACUUCUUUUCUGGUGUGGCUUGAGAAGAGAUAUGUUGGUUCUCGUCAUACGUCAGAAUGGUUCAACACUGCAGGCAGAAAUGUUAAAACAGGACUUAUUGCUAGUGUGAUUGUAUCCCAGUGGACUUGGGCAGCAACAAUCUUACAAAGUUCAAAUGUAGCCUGGCAGUAUGGAGUUAGUGGGCCUUUCUGGUAUGCUAGUGGGGCUACAAUUCAGGUACUCUUGUUUGGUAUAAUGGCUAUAGAGAUUAAAAGAAAGGCUCCUCAUGCUCAUACUGUUUGUGAAAUAGUAAAAGCUCGAUGGGGAACUGCAGCACACAUUGUGUUUCUUACUUUCUGCUUUGUGACGAAUAUUAUUGUCACGGCCAUGCUGCUUCUCGGCGGUUCUGCUGUGGUAAAUGCACUCACAGGAGUAAACAUUUAUGCUGCUAGCUUCCUAAUACCUCUUGGAGUAAUUGUUUAUACUUUAGCUGGAGGAUUGAAAGCCACCUUCUUGGCAAGCUAUAUACAUUCAGUUAUAGUUCAUGUGGUUUUGGUCAUAUUUGUCUACCUUGUAUAUGUGACGAGCGGCGAGCUUGGUAGCCCGAGUGUCAUACACAGCCGUCUACUAGAGUUGGCUAGUAAAUCAAGAAUAUGUCAGCAACCAAUAUCUCAUCAUGGCCAAUCUUGUGGUCCUGUUACUGGAAAUUACAAAGGAUCAUAUUUAACAAUGUUGAGUUCUGGUGGUCUUGUCUUUGGAAUUAUCAACAUUGUUGGAAACUUUGGCACUGUUUUUGUUGAUAAUGGAUAUUGGGUGAGUGCCAUAGCAGCAAGGCCUUCUUCUACUCAUAAAGGCUACUUGUUAGGCGGGCUGGUUUGGUUUGCGGUUCCAUUCGCCUUAGCAACGUCACUUGGUUUGGGGGCUGUGGCCCUUGAUUUGCCAAUAUCACAAUCCGAAGCAAGCCAUGGAUUGGUUCCUCCAGCAACCGCCAUAGCUUUGAUGGGGAAGGGAGGUUCUGUUCUCCUACUUUCUAUGCUUUUCAUGGCUGUGACAUCUGCUGGUUCCUCCGAGCUAAUAGCGGUCUCAUCGCUAUGCACGUAUGAUAUCUAUCGUACAUACAUAAAUCCAGAAGCAAGUGGAAAGAAAAUACUCCAGGUCUCAAGGUAUGUCAUCUUUGCCUUCGGAUGUUUCAUGGGACUUCUUGCCGUGAUACUAAACAAGGCCGGAGUGUCACUUGGUUGGAUGUACCUGGCAAUGGGAGUGAUCAUUGGCUCAGCUGUUCUCCCCAUUGCUUUCUUGCUUCUGUGGAGAAAAGCAAAUGCAAUUGGAGCAAUCCUAGGAGCAACUACCGGUUGUGUUCUUGGGAUCAUAACAUGGCUCUCAGUCACAAAAAUCGAGUAUGGACGGGUAGAUCUUGACACAACUGGCCAAAAUGCACCAAUGCUUGCUGGAAACCUUGUCUCAAUACUCACUGGUGGAGCCAUUCAUGCUGUUUGCAGCUUUCUGUGGCCUCAAAACUAUGAUUGGGACACCACUAAGCAGAUCACAGUUGUUGAGAAGGAAAAGACUGAACUGCCAGGUGAAGAGUUCAAGGAGGAGAAGUUGGUAAAAGCAAAAGCAUGGAUAGUGAAAUGGGGGCUUGGAUUUACUGUUGUGAUUGUUAUAUUAUGGCCUCUUCUCACUCUCCCAGCAGGGCAAUUCAAUGUUGGAUACUUCACAUUCUGGGCAGUCAUUGCAGUUGCAUGGGGCACCAUUGGUUCGGCAGUGAUCAUUGCUUUGCCACUGAUAGAAAGUAGGGCAACCAUCAAAAGUGUCAUCUUGGGCAUGUUCACAAACGAUAGACUCAUCGAAAAGGUUGAUGAGCUGAACUCUAAGCUGCACUCUAUCAUUCUGGCUAUGCCAGAAGCAGAGAAGCUCUACCUGCUUGAAAAGGAGAAAGCUAAGAAGAAAGACGCAUUUGAGCAUCAUGAUGACUAAGCUGUCCCUAGUACCCGAAGAGCACUGUCCUUUGGAAACAUGUCAUGACUCGUGUCAUUUUUGUAAAUUAUUCUUUUUCUUUUUUUGGUAAAUGUAUUCAAGCACAAUCCAAACUCAAAAAAUCAACUCAAGUUUUCUUUUCUUGGCUA